GCAUGAAGAGUUAAUUAUUAUUAUUCUUCGAGGGAAUACCAAAGGUGUACACUUCCCAGAUAAACUCGGGCUGAUUAAAGGUUUAUUACCAAACCAUUAAGUCAGUUCCCAUGCAACUGCGAUAAGAUUGGGACUCCCAAUUUGGGCGCUAUAAAAAUGUUUAAUGAUCUUUUAUUGGAGCUAUAAAUGUAUUUUUAAAGUUUAAAUAAAAUUAAGAUUAAAUAUGCAAAUAUAGUGAAAGAAAACCAUAGAAGAGAGCUGCCUAAUUACUUAAAUUUAAUAAUAUAUGUGCCUGAACUAGUUCUGUGAACUAUUUUUUCGCAUCACUGGCCGCAAAAACUUUCACUUGACACGUCAAUAAAUUUUUUUCCGUUUAUAAAGAGUACUAUUCGUUGGCCCAUAUAUCUUUGGCAUUUAUACAACCAUGUGAUAUCUUUCCAAUGAGUAUAUAUUCAAAUUUAAUUAAUUUAUUUAUAUCCACUAAUCAGGCUGAUAAAGGGGGCUGUCAGUAAAGGUUUCUGCGGUACCUUAUCUUAUCAAAUUUGCUGGCCAUUUCGAGCUGGCCGCUCAAUAACCGCUCGGAUGCUCUGCCAUUUGUUAAACGGCGUCGAAACCAGUCGUUGGCCAGUCGCGUCUUGUUGGCCGGCGGAAAGUGCGAAAAAUUAGCGGCCAGACUGCGAAAAUAAAAUGACAAAUUCAAGUGGACAAACAGGCCGACGGUUCCUAUGAAAAAGUGCCAGGUAAACAAUCAACAAAUCGGUAAAUAAAAGGUGGAAAAAAUAAUUAAAAGCGGAAACAACGCAACAAAAGUUAAGCCCCUUGACUGUGAAAGCGCGUUACGAGUAGACUAGAAGUUGUGACCAAAAUGCCGAUGUUACCAACAAUCGAGGAGGAGGGCAAGUUGUCCUGGAUGCGUCUUAUGUGGAAAUAUCGCCUCCAGUUCCAGUCCAUGGCCUCUGCUUCGAUUGUAUUUGUCGGCUGUGGCAUGCGCUUGGCCUGGUCCAUCUUCGACACUCCGGCCGGGAAGUUCCUCAACAACAGUAACACUCACAAUCUGAUGAUGAGUUGGUUCAUUGGAGCUGCCCUGGGCGCCAUCCUGGCAGCCCUCUUCGUCCAGCGAGUCACUAAAAAUGUGGCAUAUACCUCUAGUGGCUUCCUGCUGAUAAUGGCUGGAAUUCUGAACCUGUUCCUGCCGCAGUACUUCCUGGCCGCCUGCUACAGCAGCGUCAGUGUGGGCGCCGCCUACGGACUGACCCAGACCCAGGCGCUGGUCACGGGAUCGGAGGUGGCCCACAAGUCCAUCCGCGGAAUGCUGCUCAGCUGCGAGCGGGUCUUCUUAUGGCUGGGCGUGUGUGUCCAGGUCUUCUACACCCGAGUGUGGUACAACCUGGAGCCUUUGGAGUCGCAGGGGAGUCACCUGCACAUCGACCAGCUGCACGGGAUGGCAAUGGCUGGCUUGGGACUGGGGGCCGUGAUCCUGGCCCUGGCCCACCGAUUGGAGUCUCCGCUCCUGCUGCUACACCAAGAGCGAGACAUGGCGGUGGGCGACACUUUAAAGGCGCUGCACGGACAGUCCAGCACGGAGCUUGUGCGUCUGCGGGAGGAUUGCAGACAGCUCCACAGUGCCCGAGACUGGGAGCGAUUCGUGGAGGACCCCGAGGAGGCGGCAGUGGCAUCUGCCACCUGGCGGAAGUGGGCCAGGCGAGUGAUGCCCUUCUUCAAGGUCCUGCUGUUGCGCUGCUUCGCCACCCUGGCCGUGUCCUUGAGCUACAACCGAGCCUUCCUGGUGGUCAGUUGGCAUGGCCUGGAGUGCGACAUGAACUGCCUCUACUGGCUGGCGUUUGCAGGACUCGUGGGCAGCGUCCUCGGAGCAUUCAUAGUCGACUGGCAAGGGCGCCGAAAGCUCUGCUCCUUGUCCCUCUUCCUGGCAGGUAUUGUGAUCGUGAUGGUGGGCGGAGUUUUCGAGCAUCUGGAAUCAGUCAUGAAAACCUACUACGACAUCAACCUACAGGCCAUCGCCUUCCUCAUGCUGCUCUUUGAGGUCAUAGUCUCGGGGGGCGUGGCAGUCCCCGCCCUAAUUUACACAGCCGAAGCGUUCAGCAUCGCCCACAAGGCGAGGUGCCUGGCCGGCAUCCUCAUCCUGGAGCAGCUCCUGCAACUAGGCCUCCUCCUGGCCGUCUUCGAACACUGCGUCACCGUAUCCAUAUUCUUCUUCACGAUCGGUGGUCUUAGCUUUAUAAUCGGAGUAAUGGUGUUUAUAUUUAUGCCAGAAACCAAACAACUGACACUCUACGAGUGCCUGCUCCAGUUCAAGAAAGUUCCUUGAGUGUACCUUUUACUUAUCUAUAGCUGUGUGUUAUCUAUUUCUAAUUGUGUGAGUGUUAAUUAGUGUCCUUAUCUCUACUUCAUUUAUUUUAUAACAAUUUAAUUGUGCCCUCAUAAAAUUAAUGAGUUCUUAGGCAUUUAUAUAACGAAUAAGAGCAAAGUAGAUAUAAGCAUACGUAUACUUAAUAUCUUAUUUGUACUACUGUUUAAUUUUGAAUUAUAUUUAACUAGCAGUACCCUGCCACGUUUCGCUGUGGCAUAUUGUUGUUGCACGCAUAAAAAAUAAGUCAAACAAAAAAGAAUAAUUUCUGCUUUGAUGACAACUUUAUAGUCAUCAUUUGGCAUGCGCUCUAAAGCACUCUUAAACAACCUGACCAACGCAUGAUGUUCAUGAAGCAGACACUGCAAGUCUUGAAGAAUUGCUCGCUUCAUUCCUGCAUUGAUCCCUAGGCGUCGAUCAAGUUGUUCUUCCAUGUUGCCCAUGAAAUAUAUUUGUAAAAAUUUAUUCUGUGUAUCUUCGAAAGGUAGUAAUGAUCCAAUUCGAUGGUGAAUCUGUCCUUGUAUCUACAAAAUAAAAACCAGAUUCUUUAACUGCAUUCUAUGUAAGUA